AUGGCAGAUAGGACACAGAAAGGGAGUGAGAAGGAGGAGAUCAUUGCGGCUCUUUGGGAAGCUGAGGGUGAUAAGGCUCCUAGCCCUGAUGGCUUUACCAUGGCCUUCUUCCAAAAAUGUUGGUGUGUGCUUGAGAUGGAGAUUUUGGCUUUCUUUUUAGGCUUCCAUAAAGAAUGUAUAUUUGAGAAAUCUCUCAAUGCCACCUUUUUGUGUUUGAUACCUAAGAAGACUAAUGCGGUUAAUAUUAGAGACUUCUGCCCUAUCAGCCUUGUGGGUAGCUUGUAUAAGCUUUUGUCAAAGGUGUUGGCACAUAGACUUCGAUUGGUUUUAGAUAAAUUGAUCUUCAACUCCCAAAACUCCUUUGUUGGGGGAAGACAAAUUCUUGAUUCCAUUCUUAUUGCAAACGAAUGUCUGGACAGUAGACUGAAGAGUGGAAAUCCGGGUGUAAUUGUUAAAUUGGAUAUUAAGAAGGCUUAUGAUCAUGUGAACUGA